UCCCUUUUUUUUCUCUCUCUUGACUUUAUAAAACCAACCGCGUAAACCCUCCCCUCCCCAUAUCCGCUUCUAGACACUUCCCCUCGCGCAUCACCCGUCUCCGGCUCGUCGUCCUCGCUCCUCGUCUCCUCCUCAGCUCGCCAUGGGCAAGAUUAAGAUCGGAAUCAACGGUUUCGGAAGGAUCGGGAGGCUCGUGGCCAGGGUCGCCCUCCAGAGCGACGAUGUCGAGCUCGUCGCCGUCAACGACCCCUUCAUCACCACCGAAUACAUGACCUACAUGUUCAAGUACGACACCGUGCAUGGCCACUGGAAGCACAGUGACAUCAAGGUGAAGGACAGCAAGACGCUUCUCUUCGGUGAGAAGCCGGUCGCUAUCUUCGGCGUCAGGAACCCGGAGGAGAUCCCAUGGGGUGAGGCUGGUGCUGAAUAUGUCGUGGAGUCCACUGGUGUCUUCACUGACAAUGAGAAGGCUGCUGCUCACUUGAAGGGUGGUGCCAAGAAGGUGGUUAUCUCUGCCCCAAGCAAAGAUGCCCCCAUGUUUGUGGUUGGUGUUAAUGAGGACAAAUACACUCCGGAUGUUAACAUUGUCUCCAAUGCUAGCUGCACCACAAAUUGCCUUGCUCCCCUUGCUAAGGUCAUUCAUGACAACUUCGGUAUUGUUGAGGGUCUGAUGACCACUGUUCACUCCAUCACUGCCACCCAGAAGACUGUUGAUGGCCCCUCAUCCAAGGACUGGAGGGGUGGCAGGGCUGCCAGCUUUAACAUCAUUCCAAGCAGCACUGGUGCCGCCAAGGCUGUUGGUAAGGUUCUUCCUGCUUUGAACGGCAAGCUCACCGGUAUGUCUUUCCGUGUUCCCACUGUGGAUGUGUCAGUUGUUGACCUCACUGUGAGGACCGAGAAGGCUGCCUCAUAUGAGGACAUCAAGAAUGCUGUCAAGGCGGCUUCCGAGGGAAAGCUCAAGGGAAUCAUGGGUUAUGUGGAGGAGGAUUUGGUUUCCACAGACUUUGUUGGUGACAGCAGGUCGAGCAUCUUCGAUGCCAAGGCUGGAAUCGCUCUUAACGAGCACUUUGUCAAGCUUGUCUCCUGGUACGAUAAUGAGUGGGGUUACAGCAACCGUGUUAUCGACCUGAUCCGCCACAUGGCCAAGACCCAGUAGAGCGUUGAACUUCCCGUCCAUGGUUUCUGUGGCCGUGUCGCAGACCGGCUUGCUUGUCUAUGCUGAGAAUAAAUGUGAAUGGUGCCUCUGGACGCCCGAUUCAUGCUAGUUGGGACAUGAGUUGCCUUUGUUUUGGUAUCUACUACCUGUAACGAAGUUGCUAAUAUGGACCUGAGUAGUUUAUGCUUGUGGAGUAUAUGAACCAUGCGGUUGGUGCAGUUGUAAUUUUGCGUUAAUGGUCAGCUGUUUGCAUA